AUGCCCAUGCCAAGUGCCCUCCGCUACCUACAGUACACCGGGUGCGCGUUGACCGAGGUGCUCAGCAUCUACCUAUUCUUGCUAAUUUUCUCGAAGGCUUCCCUGAAAAUUGGCUCCUACAAGUAUUUGAUGGCGACUUUCACCGUUUUUUCAAUGAUCUACGGGAUUGUAGAGGUGCUGACUCAACCGGUAAUGCAUAUCGAGGGAACCGCCUUGAUAGUCUAUAUGGAUAGUUUUCUACGCUAUGAGAAAGUUUUGGGAUUUCAUAUUACAGCAUUCUACUGUUCCAGUUUCGGAGUGUGCGUGCUUCUCCUCUCCACACACUUUUGCUACCGCUACAUGGCGGUUUGUAGGCCCCACAUAGUCCGAAACUAUACUGGAGCCCGUCUCCUCUACUUUUUCAUCCCGGCAGCCGUUCUCGGAACAACUUGGCUUGUGACUGUGGAGAUUUGCGAACAGCCAACACCAUUUAAUUCAGAGUAUUUGAGGGAAAGUCUGAAAUUUUAUUAUGAUGAGGACAGUUAUGCCGUUGCUCAAUUGUCGGCAGUUUAUUAUUACUAUGACAAGUGUGGUGUUCUGGUAAUUCACUGGCUGCAAUGUUUCUCCAUAUUGAUCCUCUACUCGAUCAUGGGCACAUCCAUCACAUCCAUCGUACUUUUCGCGUUCAAAACCUACAAGACCGUCCAGACGAAUACCCUAAUGAGUGCUGCGACCCGGGAUCUUCACCGUCAGCUUCUAUUCACUCUUAUCAUACAAUCACUGGUGCCAUUUGUGAUAUUGUUCGCGCCAGUUGGACUAUUGUUUCUUCUUCCGUUCUUCAACGUGCAUUUGGGCUACUUUGCGAAUGCUCCCGGAGCUUGGAUUAGCUUUUAUCCGGCCAUUGACGCACUGAUCGCGUUGCUGAUGAUUCGAGACUUUCGAAAUGCGGUUUUCUGCAGAAAACACAACUCAAGUGCGCAGGUCACCGGAAAUUACGACAGUAUGACCAUCUCCAACUUCAGACGACAGUCGCAUAUGUAG